AUGAGGCAAAUCACAGGCACAACAGAGGUGAAGCAAUAUUUUUAUCGUAUAGCGCGUCAAAAAUAUAUCAUUGUCAAAAAAUAUUUGAAGACAAUAACAAAAACUCAAUCUGUGGAGGAAGAAACAGCUACCUUUGAGAAUGAGUCAACUUUGUUCGAAAAUGAAAUCGAUUAUGAAUAUGCAGAAGAAAACGGCGACAAUGAUUUAGUCAAGAUGUUCAAGGCUUUGGAUCCGAAGAAAAAAUGGAGAUUAAGUACCGGCAAAUAUGUGGACAACGAGCUAUUCAUAUUUGCCUUACAAUGUCAAGGAGAUCACCCUAGCAAAUCCCUCAUAAUAGACCCAGGUGAUUCAAGUUAUGCUCAAUACGGUGUCUUUACAAAGGAAGAACUCGACGAAAUCAUGAACUUCGAAGAGAAGAAGCUACCUUUGCCUCCAUCACAUGUCGUAACACAUAUGGACAAGUAUAAUCUCAAAACCGCCCUGGAUAUCCGUUCAGCUUUGCAGAAAAACCACACUUUUGAAGAUAAUCCAGAUAAAGACAUAGAUUGGAUCAAUUACACAGUCUACGGUUUAUUACGCGAAUACGAAAGUGGAAAUAUGAAGAGACAUCACUCCGAAUUGUGGUACCAAACACACAUCUGGAGAAUGAUAGAGACGUGUUUUGAUAAGUUCGAAGAUUUGGAGGUAGCCAUCGGUGAACCAAUGAGCAGCACAAACCAAAAAAGAAAGAACCAGAUGAGGACAAUUAGUGGAAUUAUGCCGAUGGUUAGAAAGAGCAUGGGCCACAAGUGCGACUCUAUAUUUAGGACAUACCAAGUAAAACAUAGUAAAGGUUUAGAAUUUGGUGCAACUGAAGCUAAAGGAAAUUAUGAUAAUUCUUCGGAUCACUUAAAAGACGCGCUUUACAAAUUACCAAGAACCCUUAAAGAUAUGCUUGACGACCUCAUUGUAACCAAACCAGAAUUGAGAGGAUCUUUGCAAACGGUCGGCUUUAUUCACUCUGGCUUAGCUAAUACCAUGAUUCAAGUAGACAGGCCCACGGAAUAUGUAACUCGUGUUACUAGGCAUAAAACUAUCGAAAUCAGUCAUUCUAUUGAAAAAUUCGGAGCUACUGUUUUACCGUCCAUCUUGUCAGCUUGGAUAUGUGCAGAAACUGUAAAUCAAGUUUUUCAACUUUUUACUUCGUCGUCUGAAGAAGAAAAAGAUUUUUUCUGGAUGACGAACUAUCUUGAAAAACAAAAAGUUUCACCUAUACCAGUUACAUCUCGGUCAACAGAGACGUCCUCAAGAAGAAAGAAGAAGACAAAAAUAACCAACUGA